AUAUGAACUACACAGAAGAAGAAUCAUUUGGAUAAGGUGUAUCAAAAGGAAAACAUAAUCGGUGGGUGAGGCACAAUUUUUAUUGAGCCGGGUCUUCCUCACUUUUAUUAAAAAAAAAAAAUAAAUAAAUAAAUAAAAAAAAAAAAACAAAAAUCAAACGUCAAAAUACAAAAUACAAUAAGUAUAGAAUCGUCACUUAUUGUCCUAAGAACGAAAAGGGGAAAAUAACCAUGAGUCCUUAUAGUGUAUGUAAUCGGAUUUUGUCGCGUGACUUGGUGCGUGUGUUGUGAAAACGUGCGGCAGUCAUUGGGCGUUGGGCCAUCGAUAGUCUGCUUAAUACAUGGCGCUACCACUACAUCUGUCAAUUAAAAAAUCUCGCGGCAAUAUUGCACAAUAAAUCGAAUGUCGCGAAGGAUGAUAGAUACACAAGGCUAAAAGAAGCUUUGCCAAGUUGCAAGGCGGUAUGGGUCGGCCACGAUUAUCCUUAAAAAGAUGUUUUCUAUACGUUUUUUGCUUGACGGGGAUGUUUUUAGUAAUUAUGAAUGUGCGACAAAAGGAAAUAUGGCACAGUACACGUGCAGAUGCAGGACAAAUACAGCCAAUUCGAGUAGUGGACAGUCCGCAAGUAUCGAAUACAACAGUUGUACAGAAUGUAAUAGAAAAUAUUGUAGAAAUUACCGACCCAUCCAACAGACCGUGGUAUAUGAAAGGUGGAAAAAGAAGACCUCAACCUGCUAUGAAAAAUCGACAAACCGGAAGAAGAUUAGCACGUCUUUGGCCCGAUGAAGAUACCAAAGAUGACAGAAUAACGAAUCAGCUAAUGUUCGUACCUCCGGAUUACAAUAAAACAAAUUCUGAUCUACCAUAUAAAAAAAUAUUAAUUCCUCAUGGCAUGAGUGACGCAAAAGUGGGGCAUGAUAUUUUUAUACAACAGGGUUGUCCCGUUAGUUCAUGUACAAUAAUUCGUGAUAAUCAUGCUGAUGCUGAUUUGAUUUUAUUUAAAGACUAUGUUACCCACGUGGGUCGAAGACGUCCCAAUCAGGUGUGGUUGUUAUACUUUUUGGAAUGUCCUUAUCAUACACAAACUAUUAAGAGUGUACAAGUGAACUGGACUGCAACUUAUCGUCGAGAUAGUGACAUUGUAGCACCAUAUGAAAGGUGGCAGUACUUUGAUUCCAGUGUCACACAAAUUGAACAAAAUUUUAAUUACGCGGAAAAUAAAACAAAAAAGGUUGCCUGGUUUGUAUCUAAUUGUCAUCCACGCAAUCAAAGAAUGAAUUAUGCCAAAGAAUUAUCCAAAUACAUUCAAGUCGAUAUUUAUGGCGCUUGUGGCAGUUUACGUUGUCCACGAUCUCAAAAUCAAGCUUGUUUCGACAUGUUGGAUGCUGAUUACAAAUUCUACCUCGCAUUUGAAAAUUCUAACUGCCGAGAUUACAUUACGGAGAAGUUUUUUGUUAAUGGACUUGGGCACAACGUUCUUCCAAUAGUGAUGGGGGCACAUCCAAGAGACUAUGCUAAAAGCGCACCUUAUCGAUCCUACAUUCAUGUGGAUGAAUUCAAGUCACCUAAGGAGCUUGCUGAGUACCUUCAUCGACUGGACAAAGACGACGAGCUCUACAACUCUUAUUUCAAGUGGAAAGGCACUGGAGAAUUUAUAAAUACCUACUUUUGGUGUCGAGUGUGCGCCAUGUUGCAUGACACACGUCCACCAAAAUAUUAUAAAGAUCUAAAUGAAUGGUGGCGCGGUGAAAAUGUAUGUGUUGUUAAUUCUUGGCGAGAAUACGACACAUCCAGUAAUGAUCUCAAAAGCGGUUAAAUAAAAUUCAAUCAGUCAAUCGAAUUUACAAUUACUAUUUUGCAAAAAAAAAGAAAGAGGACAUAUUACAAAUUUUACAAAGUUCAUUAAUUAUUAUAAAAUAAUAUAUUUUCGACAUUUUUUCUUUUCAGUUAAUGAAAAGUGUAAAGGCUAAUAGUUAUAAAUAUCGAUAAAGUUGAAAUAUUUGUAACGUUUACUAUUAUUGAUUAAAAAAACUAUUGUUUAUAAAGACUGUUAAUUGAAGACAUCAAAUAGAAUUAAUGAAUAGAAUAUUUUUCAAUUUUUUUCUUAUAUUAUCAAGUAUUAAACUUGAAAUUUCAACACAAAUAGGUGCUUUUUAAGCGUUGCUAAAUUCAAUUUUAUAUAAAUUUAUUUAAUUAAUCCUUUACAUUAUUUAUUAAUAGUAAAGUAACUAGUCAACGCAAUAGUGUGGAAAAAAAAUUAAUUUGACAAUUAGCUUUAUUAAAAAAGGAAUAUAAAAUUAAAACAUUAUUGCGUCUAGUAAGUAAAUAAUAAAUAGCAACAUUGUAUUCUCAGGGACAUACUUUUAUUACUAUGAAAUGUAGAAAAGUCUUUUAUUUUUUGUUGAGUAUUUUUAAAAAUUUAGAGAACGAGUUUUAAGCGAAUUCGAUCAAUUUUUAAAGAUUCUUUUGUCAUAUUGGAUUUGCCUUUUUGAAUUUUAAAAAACUGACAUCGGAUUCAUAAUCAACAACACCGAAAACCCCCGAGUAGCGAGUUUCAAGCGAAUUUAAGCAAUUUUGAAAAAAUUUUCCGCCAUAUUGGAUCCGACAUUUUGAAUUAUGAAAAAUUAACAUCAAAUUUGUAAACAACGAUUUAAAAAAAAACCCUGAAUUAGCCAUUUUAUUAAUUUAAUAUUGUCUUCGUUAAUUUUUAAUGUAUUUACUCAAAAAAAAAAAAAUGUUAUUCAGAGAUUUUCUGGAGUCGUUGAUUACAAAUCUAAUGUCAAAUUUUCAAAAUUAAAUAUGGCGGACGAAUUUUUUUAGAAACUGAUAGGAUCUUGAAACUAAUUACUUGAAGGUUUUUAAGGUCGCUGAUUACGAAUCUAACAUUAGAUUUUCAAAAUUCAAAAUGGCGUAUUCAAUAUGGCGGAAGAAUUUUUGAAAAAUUCAUUAGAUUCACUUGAAACUGGUUUAUUAGGGAUUUUUUGAGUCGCUGAUAACGAAUUUGACAUCAGAUUUUCAAAAUUAAAAAUGAUGGAUCAAAUACAGUGGUCAAAAAUCCCUGAAUAACGAUUUUUAACUCUCUAAAUCUGAAUUAGUAAAAAUGUUUACUAAUUCUAUAAUAAAUUUUGACUCACUUUUUGCUUCUGAAUUAGUAAAAUUUUACUAAUUAUUAGUAACUUUUACUAACAAUUAGUAAAAUUUAACUAAUUCAGAAGCAAAAAGUGAGUCACUAAUUCAAAUUAGUAAUCAUUUAUUACUAAUUCAGAUUUAGAGAGAAGAGAAUGUGAUGAAUUUAUAAAAAAAAUCGUUCGCCAUUUUGAAUCCGCCAUUUUGAAUUUUGAAAACUUGUUAUCAGAUUUGUAAUAAGCGAUCAUUUUUCUAUUAAAAUCGCCGAAAAAAUGACAAUUACUUUUUGGAUAUUAGGUACUAUCUGUGCAUAAGGCACAUAUGAAGUAGUGUAAAAUUUACAGAUCAAAUUUUUUUUUAAUAAUUCCUGCAACAUCUAAUAUUAGUUAUUAAAAAAAUUAAUAAUUUUAAUCAAUAAAUAUAAUUAAUAAGUAAUAUUAGAUAAACCAUUCAACAAUUUUUUUUAGUCAUAAAAAAUGAACUUUGUAAAAUUUGGAUUUUUUUCAACCUGGAAUGAUAAACCACUUAUAAUACCUAAUAAUAAUAAUAUAAAUAAUAAUAAUAAUAAUAAUAAUAAUAAUAAAAAUAAAGUCCUCGCGAACUUACUGUUAACUAGUUUGUAUAAUUGUAUGCACAUGUAACAAAAAGCUUCCAAAAAGAUUAAAAAAAAAAAAAAAAAAAAACUAUAAAAUUUUUGGAAGUCACUUGUGCACAAGUAAAUAUAACUUGACAGAAAAACUGAAAGCUCUCGUUAAAAAAGUAGUUGAAAACUUUGCACAAGAGGUCUCUCACGAAUCUGCCAGUUUUUUUAUAUAAAUACUAAAUGAAAAAAAAAAAAUGAAAAAUCGUGCUAAUAAGUAGUUUAAUGCUUAUACGGAGUGUUUACACACUUGUAUUUUACUGAAUUUGUGGUAAAAGAAAUAAAGAUGGGGAAAAUUUUGCGGUUAUUUGUAUAAAUGUAAGACAAAAAAAAAGAAAGAAAUCAGGAAAGAGUACAAUUUUAUGUUAUGUACUAAAGAUUUUUCAAGAUUUUUCUCUAUACAGAAAUUUAAAAAAAAAAGAAA